AUGGAUCCAGAAGCAACCUCGGUUUAUUUGGAUUAUUACUAUGCUACCAGUCCAAACUCUGAUGGCAAGGAGACCCACUCCCACAUUCCUUACACAUCUGUCUUCCUUCCCAUCUUUUACACAGCUGUGUUCCUGACUGGAGUGUUGGGGAACCUCAUCCUGAUUGGUGCAUUGUAUUUCAAACGUGGCAGCCGACGAUUAAUUGACAUCUUUAUCAUCAACCUGGGUGUCUCUGACUUCAUUUUCCUUGUCACAUUGCCUCUCUGGGUGGAUAAGGAAGCAUCUCUAGGACUGUGGAGGACAGGCUCCUUCCUGUGCAAAGGCAGCUCCUACAUGAUCUCAGUCAACAUGCACUGCAGUGUCUUCUUGCUCACUUGUAUGAGUGUUGACCGGUACCUGGCCAUCAUGUGUCCAGCCAUAUCCAGGAAAUUCAGAAGAAGAGACUGUGCAUAUGGAGUCUGUACCUGUGUCUGGCUUGUCUCCUGCCUUCUGGGGUUACCGACUGUUUUGUCCAGGGAGCUCACGUUGAUUGAUGGUAAGCCAUACUGUGCUGAGAAGAGGGCUACUUCAGCAAAAUUGACAUGGGCCCUGGUAGCCUUGAUAUUCACUUUUUUUGUCCCCUUGCUGAGCAUUGUGAGCUGCUACUGUUGCAUCACGAGAAAGCUGUGUGUCCAUUACCAGCAAUCAGGAAAGCAUAACAAAAAGCUGAGAAAAUCCAUAAAGAUCAUCUUUAUUGUGGUGACAGCCUUUGUCUUCUCCUGGCUACCCUUUAAUACUUUCAAGCUCCUGGCCAUUAUUUCUGGAUUGCAGCCAAAACUCCAUUUUUCUUCAGCUCUUCUCCAGCGGGGCAUGGAGGUGAGUGGGCCCUUGGCGUUUGCCAACAGUUGUGUCAACCCUGUCAUUUACUACGUGUUUGACAGCUACAUCCGCAGGGCUGUUGUUCGCUGCCUGUGCCCUUGCCUGAAGAACUAUGACUUUGGGAGCAGCACUGAGACAUCAGAUAGUCACCUCACUAAGGCUCUUUCCAACUUAAUUCACACAGAGGAUUUUGUUAGAAGGAGGAAGAGGUCUGUGUCACUCUAAAAUGAGUUGUGACAUUUCAAGACUUGUUGGUGCUCGUCAGGAAUAAUUUUUAUCAGCAACAAAGAAGAAAAGCAUUAAAGAUAAGAUUCAUAUUGCUUGAUUAAAUCCAAGGAAGAUUUCAUUUUUAGAAUAAACACCAAAAUACAUUGUGAAUAUAAUAAGCCACGUACUGUAUUUUCAGCUGAGUGACCUUAUUUGAACCUUGCAAUCAAGUCAACAAGACAAUUCUCAUCUGUCCUUUGAACUCUUAGAUAAAGGCUCCUGCUUGGACCAGUUGCUGUCUUCAUGAUUAUUAAUGUACUUUAUCGCCUUUUUUUUUCUCAAGAACUAUGAUAUUUCAACCAGACCUCCCUUCAUAUUACCUUUAAAAGAUUCUGGCCACACUCAUCUGGUAAGAAAUGUGGUGGCAGUGUAGGUAACAAAAUAUAGAGUAGACUUGUUCUCUAUAAUUGAUUGUUCCCAAGUUACUAAGAUAUUCUGGCCUCAGUCUUUAAAAUCUGUUAUAGUAAUUCUUCAUCAUCUUCCAGUAUAGACUUUUAGCCUAUGCCCAUUUACAAUAGCUUUGGACUGUCAAGAAAAAGCUCAUGAGGAAAAAUCAUUUUGAAAUGUGUUUAUGAUUUAGGAUUUUAUCACUUGGUCAUCUAGAACAUAGUAAAAGUAAGCAUAUUAUAUUGUUAGAAAUGCAUGUUGUUAUAAUGCUCUAGUAACUUUUUAAUGGGGUUAUGCCAUGCUCUUUAUUUUCAUUGCCUUUUAAGUUAGGAUUUGACUUUGCUUUAAUUUUGUUUUAAUUACCUCUUGUCUAGUCAUCAAAUGACAAAUUUUACUACUAAUAUAAUUAGAGAUGGACAAAUACUUAG